AUAAUUAACAUACAGAUCAUUCCAGGGCUGCGUCAAGCUAGCAAAUAAAAGGAUGGCUCUUAGUUGUCCCAGGUUCAGCAUCCAACAGCCCUGAAAACUUCAAAGAUGGCGUUUUCUCCUCGCAUGUUUUUCCUCCUUUGUGGGAUCAGUGGACUGAUGACCGGAGCUGUAAGUCACAAUCUCACCUGCUGACUUCAAUAAACAUGUAUUAUUUUCUUGCAUUGUCUGCUGUCUUCAUGUUUGUAAAUGCUCUGUUCUUACCUUCUACACAGUGGUCUCGUCCUAGCAGAGAAGUUUGCUGUCCCGAGGGAUGGACUCAGUUGGAUGGUCACUGUUACAUCGUCAGAGAUGACGAAAGGUCCUUUUUGGAUGCAGAGAGUGUCUGCAACAUUCUUGGUGGGAAUCUGGCCUCAAUCACCAGUGUGGUGAAAAAUUCCGUCGUUCAAGACCUGGUCAAUGAGGCGGGUGUAGAGGAAGCCUGGAUUGGACUCAGUGAUGCCAUCGAGACGGGAACCUUUCUUUGGACUGAUGGCAAACCCUUCGGAUUUAGUGACUUUCCAACAAUCCUUCCUACGGAUGGAUGUGUGGUUAUUGAUUCUGACGCCACCACCGAAUCAUGGGAAGGGGAGUCCUGUACCGACCUAUUUCCAUACGUUUGCAUCAGAGAGGCGUGCUGUGACUACACUUUCUAAUCAAACCAUAUCAUCUUAUCUUCUAUAACAAUGUCUUUCACUCAUCACAGCGAGUGUACUCAGAAGAUAUAAUACUUUGUGUUUCUGGGUUGACUAUCAAAUAUGUUUUUCUCCUACUCUGUUCAGUUGUUGAAUGUUAGUGCAACACAUUUGAAACUGAAACACCUUCUUUCUACUAAAUAAAGGAAGCUAUCUGCAUGUAAA